AGAAACUGCCUACUUAAUUUGAAAAGAACAAUGGUAGGAAAGGCUAGAUCUUCCAAUUUUACUUUAUCUGAAAAGCUUGAUUUGCUAAAGCUUGUGAAGCCAUAUGUGAAAAUUCUCGAAGAACACACUAAUAAACAUUCAGUCAUAGUGGAAAAGAAUAGAUGUUGGGAUAUCAUAGCAGUUAACUAUAAUGCAAUUGGAGUAGACCGCCCUCCACGAACAGCGCAGGGCCUACGCACCCUUUACAAAAGGCUCAAAGAAUAUGCCAAACAGGAGCUAUUGCAGCAAAAAGAGGCCCAAUCAGAUUUUAAAAGCAGUAUUUCUGAGCCAACCAAGAAAGUUAUGGAGAUGAUUCCCCAGAUUUCCAGUUUUUGCCUGGUAAGAGACAGGAACCACAUACAAAGUGCGAACUUGGAUGAACCUACACAAGCUGGUACCAGUUCACUACAGGUAAUGUUGGAUCACCAUCCUGUUGCUAUUACAGUGGAGGUGAAGCAAGAAGAAGACAUUAAACCACCUCCUCCACUGGUUUUAAAUCCUCAACACAGUGAUAUUUUAGAACAAAGAGAAGAACAUGAAUUAGUACAUGUUAUGGAAAGAUCUUUGUCACCAUCACUUUCCUCUGUUGAUAUGAGAAUGACAUCGUCUCCAUCUUCUACUCCAAGGAGAGAUGAUUUUUUUCGGCAUGAAAGUGGAGAACAUUUUAGGUCACUAUUAGGGUAUGAUCCUCAGAUCCUGCAAAUGUUGAAAGAGGAGCAUCAGAUAAUUUUAGAAAAUCAAAAAAAUUUUGGAUUAUAUGUUCAGGAAAAGAGGGAUGGAUUGAAAAGAAGGCAGCAGCUAGAGGAAGAGCUACUGAGAGCAAAAAUUGAAGUGGAGAAGCUGAAAGCAAUUCGCUUACGGCAUGAUCUACCUGACUAUAAUAGUCUCUGAGUUUUUUUUUUUUUUUUUAAGUCUUUCAGUAUGAUAAUUUUAAUUUUGUCCAACAUUACUUUAGGAAUAUCCUGAAGCAGAAUAGAUAUUGGAAAAUGCUAUUAUGGAGAAACUUUUGACAUGAUUUCUUUCUUUUUUUUGAGGCAUGAUUUCCUUUUUAGAUAUCAAAACUUACUGAUGUGUUGAUUGGUAAUAUUUUUCAUCAUCUUCCCCAAUUUAUUUUUAAUAAUCAUUAAAAUAUAUACAAAUAUGAAUGUGUAUGUAUACACAUUCUUUCAAAGUUCUGUCUUCAGCAGUUUUUGUUAGAACUUUGAAAGCUAUAAAGGUUUUAGUCAGUCCAAUUUGGAAACUAUAUUGACUUAAUAACAAGAAGCUUCUCAGUGAGGCUGCAGAUGCAGCUUGGUGGUAGAGUUCUUGCCUAGCAUGUAUAAGGCCCUGGGUUUGAUCCCAGUACGACUGCCACCACUACUGCUUG